AUGAUCAAAUUGAGCUUGAUCGCGAUUUUUGUAUUUUUUUGUGGAUGUGUAUCUGCUGAAACUCAAAAAGCUGCUGAAGGUGCUAUCAACUGGAACACCAAGAUAGUUCAAUGCAACAAAGUGGUAAGCUGCGUAUAAAUCAAACUUUGAUAAAUUCGAAAUCAAUUCCAGGCUACCUCAAGCGACGGAAAGUUUUCCUACCAUUGUACCCCGCAUAAUAUCAGUUGUGAUAUUCCUACUACCAUUGUCUUCAUUCAAGACAACACCAUCAUCAAUCACAACUUCGAUUGUUUCACACCAAUUGGCGAAAAAGUAAGUAUUCUCAAUUUUUGUGGGAUUUUUAAAAUUUGAAUGUUUUCUCGAGUUCUUAUUUAUUAUUCAAGGUAAUGUGCCACAUACAAUACACACCUUCAUCAACAAUUCUCACACCAAUCUUAGAAUGCGAACCCGACAACUCAGUAAACAAUCGUGAUCUUUUCAACUCUUGUAAGCAUUUUUAUCAGCGAGUGUUAAAAACCCUCUGCUUUUUCAGACUUUAUUUUGGUUUUGGUUAUCUUCAUCCUGUUUGUUAUCUUCUGGAGAUGGUUCAUCGGCGGUUUUGAGGAUCUAGAAGAUCAACGUGAGUCAAACAUUGAAUUGAACAACAUCCGUAUGGAGUCUAAAUAA